CUAAAGUACUAGUAAAAUAUAGUUUUGUUAAAUAAAUAACAUAACUUGUCGCUGAAUCCGCAUCUAAGGAUCAACGUGAAAAUAUAGUGACUCAGUGUCUAAACUUCAAUUGUACAUAUUAUAAAAUAAUUGUGUGUUUCGUGUCCGUGCAAAUAUAAUAAACAAAUGGACUAGAACAAUAGUUUACUAGACAUAAUAAAAAGAGAUGUCAAUGUGGAACUUCAUUCAAAAUCCAUCGUCUGCUGAAGACUGGAGUCGCUGUGUAGUGUACAAGUUCUUUGAAAUUUCUUUCUUUUCAAGAGUGGUAUGUAUGGGUAAUAGUCAGGACAUUGUGAGCCCUAACAUUGGCCCAAUGCUGUGAAGUGAAGUACUUUACCAGCCAACUUUAUCUGCGAAACGUGGGGAUUCCAUCAUCACCAAUUAGCACCUUGGACGACUGGUGCCCGUGUUUGCUGUGAUCAAUAUAACAGGACGAGCAAAUGCGUCAGGUGAUGAUGUCGAAUGUGGCUGCAAAUAAUCACGCGCCGAUCAUCGAGGCGGAUCUCGAAGAAGCUUUGGAGUUAGCUGGCACGGGCAGAUACCAUGUGGUCCACAAUCUGGUGAUGCUGGCCACACUCUUCGCUUCCAUCCUGGAGAUGGUGGGCAUCGCCUUCGUACUGCCGGCUGCAGCAUGCGACCUGGAUAUACCAGACUAUUUGAAGGGAAUACUGACUUCUUUGCCAAAUAUAGGUAUAAUACUAACAGCUCCGUUCUGGGGCCGCGCAGCAGACUCUCUAGGCAGAAAGCCGGUACUCCUCGGCUCCCUGAUAGUGUCGGGAGUCACCGCCUUCAUCGCAGCGUUCAUGCCUUCGCUGAUCACCUUCGCGCUGUUCAAGCUCGCUUCCUCAUUAUUCUUAUCCUGCCCAUCGUCUUUGGGCUACGCGUACGUUUCCGAGAUGUUGCCACGCAAACGACGAGACUUUGCAGUUCUAGUUACAAACGGACUCAUCAACUUAUUGACGGUAUUGAGCCCUGGUCUAGCCUGGUUAAUCCUGCCCUACGACUGGGUGUACCAGUUUGGCACCAUAGAGUUUCGACCAUGGCGUCUGCUGACAGCUGUGUACGCCUUCCCACUACUGCUUGCUGCACUCUGCCUGCUUGUAGCUGAUGAGAGCCCCAAGUUCCUCAUGACCAAAGGCAAGGAUAAGGAGGCUUUGGCAGUCGUCAGGAAGAUCUACUGUGCGAACUCUGGGUUACAUGAAGAUAGCUAUUGUGUAAAAUCACUAAAGAUACCAUGUGACAUCAAUGACUCUGAGCAGCGCGGCUCGGGCUGUGCGCUGGCGCCGAAGACAAAAUCAGAGUCUGCGUUUGCGCUGCUUCGGCCUCCGCACUUGAAGUGGUUCGCGCUCACCGGGUUCCUCAUGUUCGGCCUGUUUUCAUUCUUAAACGGCCUGUUCCUGUUCGCGCCAGACACAAUCAAUAAAGUGAUGAACAGCAAUGAAACGAGCGGCACAGUCUGCGAACUUAUGGACGUGUCUGACAAUUCUACCUCAUCAGAAGAAUGCAUGGACUCGAUGUCGUACCACACGUUCUACAUCAUGGUGGUGACGACCAUCGUGUACGGGGUGCUGGUCACCGCCGGCAGCAUGAGCCCGCUCUCCAAGAAGACACUCCUCGUCUCCAUGUUCUGUGUGGUUGGAGUCGGCUGCCUGAUUGCUGGACUGUCCACUAAUAGAAUCUUGGCUGGAGUGGCGAUGUCAUCGUUGCAGCUGACAGCGCUGGGCAUCGGGCCCCUCACAGCAUACGUGGUGCACCUCUUCCCCACCACACUCAGGGGUACGGCAGUGGGUGCAGUGCUGAUGUUCGGGCGACUAGGGUCCGUGGUGGGCGCCAACGUGGCCGGCGUCUCGCUCAGCGCUGCUUGCACGCUCACAUUCUAUGGAUUCGCCUUUCUAGUCUUUUUAUGCGCGGGGCUCAGCUUUCUCCUACCAUCAACAGACCAAACGACGAAGCCACAGGAAGCAGGCGCAGACAGCUGAUACAAUAUAAUUGAUAAUUUUAUUUAUUUCAACGCAAUACUAAUUAUAAGUACCCAAGUCAACACAUCAAGCUUACCCAAUGCCUAAAAAAAUGUGUGAAAGAUUUGCAACCUUAUUGUUUUGGGUAUAAAGGUUAAGAAUCUACUAAAGUUUGAUGUGAUUGACUGUACGUUUUAUACUUUUUUAUAUUCGGACUACGUUUUAAUAGUUACCUCAAUUUAGGUACAUUUUUAGAUAAAUAAUGUCUCUGUAAUAAUUUUCGACAGACAUACUAAAUUAGAUUACGAGUCCUUCUGUAUCUUGAAACUAGUAGAGCGUUUCUCCAUUAAUAAUACGUGAGUAAGCCGAUAUCUUGUUUAAUGGAGAUGGACAAUUUGCUAGACUAAGAAAAUACUGUGUUUGUGUUUACAGUCUUGAUUUAUAGUUUUUGACAGUACUUUACUGAAUGUUCCUAUUACAUUUGGCAAUUAGUCCACCGUCAAUUGUAAGGUGGGUGGAAAAGCAACGUCCAAUUUUUACAUUGUACAGAAUACCUUUUUUUUAUUUAUUAAGUUAAGCUAUUGUUAAAUAACAUUACAAAAUAAUGACAAUCGACGAAUCACAAUUACAUACAAAAUAAGAAAUUAAAAAGAUUGACUACCUAUA